CGGUGCACAUCUGGCGGCUCCAGCAGGGGACGCCCGGAGCGGCCGGGGGCGGGCGCAGGUGCGGCUCCGUUUCCGCCUCGUCCCGCCGGGGCAGCGGCUCCGCGGAGCGGCCGCGAGUGAGGCCGGAGCUCAGGUGUGACCCCUGACACCCCACCCCUCCCCAGGCUGGGGCCAUGGCUGAUAUGAUUUUCGGCAGCGGGACAGGCCCCUGGGUCUGCCCCAACGACCGGCAGCUGGCCCUGCGAGCCAAGCUCCAGACGGGCUGGUCGGUGCACACAUUCCAGACUGAGAAGCAGAGGAAGAUGCAGGCUCUGAGCCCCAAGGAACUUGAGGUCAUCCUGGGAGUCAUCCGCAAGGCCGAGAAGCUGGAUGUGGUCGAGCAGCAGCGCAUUGGGCGCCUGGUGGAGAGGCUGGAGAACAUGAGGAAGAACGCGAUGGGGAACGGCCUCUCGCAGUGCCUGCUCUGUGGGGAGAUGCUGGGGCUGCUGGGCAGCUCCUCUGUCUUCUGCCAGGACUGCAAAAAGAAAGUCUGCACCAAGUGUGGGAUAGAAACUGUUGGAGCCCAGAAACGUCCUCUGUGGUUGUGCAAGAUCUGCAGUGAGCAGAGAGAGGUCUGGAAGAGGUCUGGAGCGUGGUUCUACAAAGGGCUGCCCAAGUACAUCGUGCCUUUGAAGAGCAGCAGCAGCAGCAAGCCCCUGGAGCUGCAGCCCCAGCCCUGGCAGGGCGAGGCGGCCGUGCCGGAGCCGGAGAGCGUCGGGAGCAGCCGCUCCUUCACCUGGGCCAGGGGAAGAGUGGUUUCCAGCGACAGCGACUCGGAGCUCAGCUCCUCCAGCCAGGAUGACAAACCCAUCCCUGUGGGGUCAAAAGGCUCUCAAGAGAGAAAGCUCCAAGCAGGAAUGGCGCCCACGAGGGGACCCAGCCAGGCCAUGAGCAGAGCCCUGGGGGUCCCCCAGUCCCCCCCAGUGUCGGGGAGCCCCAGCAGCCUGGGCAGUGAGCAGGGGGCAGAGCUCAGCCCCACGGAGAGCGGCCACAGUGACCAAGCCUGGGACAGGCGUGACAGCGACGCCGGCACCAGCACCCGUGAUGUUGUGAUGGUGUCACACCUUCUUCCCUGAAUGCAAAACCUUUUCUGCAACAUGAGUAAUCGUCUGGGGUGGGAGCUGCCUGCACCCACGGCCAGGAGCACUCAGAGCCUGGGGCUGUGGCCCUGCAGAGCCCUGGAGCUGCUCUAUGUCCUGCAGAGCCAGCAGAACACGUUGAGCUGCUCCUGAAGCAAAGCAGCCUGGCAGCUUUAUGCGACUGAGUAACAUUUUUCCUGAAGUAAGGUGGCUCUUACAGCCGAGCAUGGCUCUUCCCAGAACUCUGCAGUGCAGAAGAAAGACACUUUUCCCCCCUGAGAAACCUCAGAACGAUGAAGUGACUGGGAAAGCAGAGGCUGCUAUCACACCUGAAGCAGCUGAAAGAGAUGCAAAUGUGUUCUCUCUGCAGUUCCCACUAAUUUAGUCACUAACCCCUCAAGUUAUCAUCCAGCUCUGCUCCCUCCUGAGCAUUCCUGCCCUCUGAACUGCCUCUCCUGUUGUUCCUGUGCCUGCUUGGUGCUGGGCAUAUUGAGGCAUAAAUUGGAUUAGAGAGAGCAGGGUCAUUCUUCAGUUCCACAUGGAGUCGUGGUCGCCCUCCCCACGUUUCCUGCUAGGAACAGGCAGCACUAAAUUGUUCCUCUGCUCUUCUCUCCUUCCCCAGCUUUCAGAGACUUGCAGUUUUCUUUUAGUUUUUCACCAGGUAAAAUAAACAAGUGAUUCUUCUGCUCUUCUUCCUUCCUCCCCCUGGAUUAGAGCCUGCCCUGGACUGGGUGGUUUAUUUUAAGCUCCAGUUGUGUGUGGAAUUAGAGAGGCUGAAUUCCUGUUGUGGGUUGGCUGUGGAGAAGAGCUGCAGGUUGUCCUGUGGGGUUGGAAUGGGUGUUGGUGGAUAGCAGGUGACCCUUUGGGUGCUGCCUCUGAUGGAUGGAUCCACUCCUGGACAAUGUGUUUGUACUCAGCAUUUUGGAGUUUCUCUGCCUGCUCUUUGAGCCAAACUGCUGCCUGGCCAUGACACUGCAAACACUAUUUCAGAGACAAAAAAAAAAGGAAAAGAAAAAAACAAAACAAAACACUUUUUCCUGCUAAAAACUCCAUAUGCAAAGCUUGGCACAAGGGGUCAAACCUUUCCAGUGGGAUCUCCCCAUGUAGCUGGAGGAGAGCUAAAAUGACAGAUAUUUAAAAAAAAGGAAAACUGUGGCAGUCUCCUGAGCCCAGUUAAAGCUGGCCCUGAGAUGUAGAGAGGAUCCUGCUAAGGAAAAGGUUAAGCCAGGUUGGCUGCCUAGGGAGUUUCUGUAAAGAUCUUUAUUAUGUCUGAGGUCAUUUAUUUCUCAGUGUUCCUGCAGAAGGGGCUGAUUUGUUCAGACAAGAGCCCUGGUACAGGGGCUUUGUGGCCUCCCAAAUCCAGAGGAGGGAGGCAGGAGAUCAGCAGGGAGCACUUCAGUACCUUGGGUGCCCCUCUGCCAACAAACAGAGGCUGCUCUUGCUGUUGAUGUAUUUAAAGAGUGAUGGAGGUGAUGGGUGCUGGAUGUCAGGGCUGGCAGAACUUUUCCCAGCCCCUCCCUGCCUGUGGGACAGCCCCUGAGCUCUGUCCUGCCCCAAAAGCAGAGCAAGGGACGAAGAUCCUUCCUCAUUUCCAUUGCUGAUCCUCAGCUGCAGAAUGGGGCUGCUAAAAGAUGAUUUUCUGUGGUUCCUCUGCAAGGCUCUGCACCUUUAGAACACCAUGUCAGGAGCAAUUUUUGCUUCAUGUUAUCACCUCAGAUGUUGUUCCACCGGUGACUUUCUUUGCGCUUCUUUUUCUCACCUCUGCUCCAACUCCGGCUUUGCAAGAGCGCUCCGGCAUCCUGAAAUCCCAGGCCACCUCCAGAACAGGGAACUGGGGAGUGCUGCUGCAAAAUCAGCUGCUCUCCCAGCCUUUCACAGCUCUUUCAGCCCAAAGGCCAAGCCAGCAGCAGGGUGGUGGCCAAGGGAAAACGAGGAGCUAUUAAGGAGAGGUUGGAGGUUUCCAGUGCGCUGCUCCAGCUCCGGCUGGGGUUUGCUGAGGCAGAUAAUGAAGCCUGGAGUUUGUCAUAAAAUGACUCAUUGUCAGAGCUGUGUUGGAAUUUAGGCAACCUCAGCCCAUGAGCCAAAGUUUCAGAAGAAUGGUGAGUUGAGAGGCUGCCAAUUUUACUAUUUUUUAAUUAUUUUUUUUUUUACCACCUGCUCUCAAAGCCUUUCAAAAGCACCUUUUUCUGAGGGGCUGGUGUUCCUUCUGCUUCUGAAGCUCCAGCUCCUGGAGGUGCCUGCUCUGACAUGAUAGCUUUCAAGAGGAAGGUCACACACUCAUUUUCCUGAAGAAUGUUUUAUCCUAAAGAAAAUUAAAUUUGCACAUAUGGAAGAAGCACAAUCUUCCUUUUUCCUCUUACUUACUCCCAGCUAGGGCAGGUGACUCACCUUGUUCUGGCUGCACAGCUGAUGCUGAGAGAUGCCUUAAAAAGGAGCAAAAUCCUCACUUGUAUUGAUUAUGACGUUUUUAUUAAGGGGAAUAUUAAACAGAAUGAAACAAAGAAAUAAUCAAUAUCUUACAGUGGUUUUCAUUAGCCCAGGGAGAGCUUUUAAUGGCAGUAACAAAUCCGAGCUUGGGACUGCUGCAGGGGGUAAAUGAAGGAAAAGUCAUCUCCCCUCAGAUCAGCAGCAGGUUCUGCAUUGAUGGCUGCCAGGUUCUCAGCAUCUCCUGAGGGCCUUGUCCCAGGAAUGGGUGAGUCCUGUUCCAUGAGCAGCUUGGGGAGGGGUGAGUGAGCCUGGCAUGGGCUGUGGGGCUGGAGAAAGCUCUGAUUGCUGCUGGAGUCAGGUUUGAGAGCCAGCCAUGAGAGUGAGUGCAAUUCACAGCCUCCCCAUCUCUGCCUGCCUGCCAAUGUGUUGUCUAAAUCAUUAAUACUUAAAGGCUGGUGCAGCAGCUGGCACUUAAACAGAGCCACGUUAAACAGGGCUGGGAGCUGAGAGAGGAUGGCACUGCCUGGUGAGGGGGGUUAGAAAUGUCCUGAUUUGCAAUUCCAGAGUGAGACCUGCUGGACAGAUCCCCAGAUGUCACCAGGCCCAGCCUGAAGCCUUCUCCUGCAUCUCCUGGGUACCUCCUUUUAGCUGCUCUGUGCUGGGAGAGGCUGAGCAGAACUGAGGGAGAUGGGCAGGGAAUGUUGCUUCCAGCUCUCUUCAUUUGGGGAGAUUUAUGCCCUGUCUUUCAGGAACUGACUGGAUUUAGAAAUGAGGUGGUGUCUCUGUGGGCUCAGUGCCUCCCUGGCUGGGGUAGGCAUCCACUUUUGCUCAUAAAUAUUCAAACUGUUAAUACAUGAGCCAGGCAGAGCCAUUCAGCAUUAUUUCCAUGGCAGGAAAUUCUCUGGGCAUCUUUGAAGUUAAAGCAUUAACUUCUAUUUUCCCUUCCAUUCUGCUUCUCAGAUGUCUGCUUUGCUCCCUCAGGGACUAUGAGGAGGUAACAUUUUGCUUCAGUGGGUCUGACUACUCCAUUCCACACUGGAAGGAAAAAAAAAAUUGUCCUAACAGUAAUUAGGCUCCAAAUGUGGUAGUAAUUUCUUUAAUGACUUGCUUCAUGGCAGUCUUUGGGGAGUUGACUUUUGUUUUCCUGUGCUUGGUGAGAAAGUUGCUUGAAUGUUUUCAGACUUGUCCCUUGUUUGUGUGAGCCAGUGUGGAUUUCCAGGGCUGGUUUUGCAGCAGGAUAGAAGAGGUGGAAAAUCCCUGCUCUUCCUCCCUCUGCCUGCAUUUAGGGCACAGUUUGGGAAGGACAGAGGGAUCAGAUAUGAAGGAAAGACCCUCACCCACACCCAGCCUCUCCCAUCCAAGCCUCUGCUUCCUUCACUGGCUGCCUCAUCAAAUUUUGGGCACUGCUUUUUAUCCCCUUUUGCUCAGAGCUUGCUGGGAUUGAGUUUUCCUGCUGCCAAAGAGGAUAAGUUGUCUGUCUUCCCCAAAGUGAAAAAACUGAAAUGUGCCUUCAUGGCUGAGGAGCUUUGAGCUGUCUCUGCCUCCUCAUAUCCACAGAGCACCGAGUGGUCCUGCUGUACUUAUAAAUAAAACAUAGCUUUGGGUAGUGGCAGCGUUAGGAAAUGAUUCAAGGUUUGCAUUCCAGAUACAAUGCUUUUGUAAAUAUGAACCUCUGGAGAAGCCUGUGCCCCCUUCCAUGUUUGAGGGAAUUAAAAUAUUUUCAUCCUCGAGUGGUAGAAGCAAAACAUUUUCAGCUCUUUCAAGCCUGCCUUGAAGUUAAGUGAAUAAAGGCUCAAGUAACUAAAAAAUAAAUUACUUUCACUAUUCCUGUAAUUCUUUAUGGAGUUUUAAAUUGAAGGCUUCUGCUUUCAAAAUAGAGGGAUGACAAAGAUUCAUUCUCUCGGCUCUUUCACUCAAUAUAUCAGGAAACAAGUCUGCUGCUGAGGAUGAAACUCCUAUUUUUGUGCCUUCUUUCCCAUUGCAGAGGUCUGUGCUCUGGUCUUUGAUCAAACAGCCUGUCUGGCCUCCUGUCCCCACCUCCUCAGACUUAUUCUCUGCCCUCUGCAAUGCAUUCACUCCUCACACUCCCAGCUUUCCAUUCAGCAUUUUGCACAAAGCACCAAGGGCAGGAGUUGAUGUCAUCUCUGCAAACAAAGCAGGAAAGAGUGAGCAGGGGAAGUCAGUAAGAUAGAAGUGAAAAGCCUGGAUUUUGGAGCCUUUGUAAACACAUGGAGAGGUUUUAUGGCUGGGGAGGUUAUCUUUUAACAGGGAUGUCAGGCAGCAGCUGCUGGGAGGAAUUUGCCUCGGGACUCCUCGUGCCUUGAGCAGCUCACGCUGUGAUUCCCUGUCCUUCCUCCAAGAGGAGGAGCAGUGUGUCCCAGCAGAGCCUGACUUUGGCCAGGGGGGCUGAAGGGAUCAGCUCAGGUUUGUUCAGCCAGCAGGAGACCAAACCUGGAGCAGAGCAGAGCUGUCCUGUGCCCAUCCCCAGCCAUGGGCAGGGGCCACGUCCUGCUGUGGCUCCUGGCCAUGGCCCAGGCACGUGGAGAGCAGGGAGAUCUCAUGGCAGAUCUGCUCUGUCACCCCUCAGAGCUGAGCUUUGGCUUCCUCACUGACCUGGGGGCAGGUACUGAGGGACCAGUUCUAGCAGCACAACUCCUCAUUUCUCCUUCUUUCCACAUUUCCUUCCCCUGUCUUUUCUUCCUUUAAUCAAGUCUAAUGGGCCCUGACUGCUGGACUAAUGAUGCAUGGAUGUUCUCUUUAUUAUUUUUAGGAAGCUCUUAAAAUGGCACUGAGCACGCAAAAACAACGUGAAAUAACUUUGUGGAGCCUGUCCCCUUCACUGCUUUCCAAACAAAACUUUGCUCCUUUGUUUAUUUUGAAGGCAAACGACGAGUCCACACCAGAACACGGCUCUGAUGGAGGGGAAGAGGAAGCUGCUUUUUCCUGGAUCCAGCACUCCCAUUCCUUAGAUUUCACUCCAGACAGGAGCUGCUGCUGGUGGUGACUUUGUGAUGCCGGCUCUUCCAGGGCACUGGCAACACGGUGACACUUGGGACAGCAGCUGCCUGUCCUCUGUGAAGCCCAGCACAGCCUGGGGCUGGGGCUGGCACGGGGAAGGUGCUCCUGGUGUUUCCUUGUUCUGGCUGGACUGAGCUUGGUGGGGCAUCAGGAAGCAGCUGGUGAAGUUGUUCUCCCCUUCCCUCUCUCUGCUCAGGCCAAAGAAACGCUCCAAGGAGUUUGCUGUGAUUUUUUUCACUCCUCUUGGCUGUGCACUGGCUCCUGUGAGGGGUCAGGGGAGAUUUGUGUUUGCUGCAGCUCCUGGGGGGAGCACACCCCCAGCCCAGCUGGCUGCCUGUGGGUACCCAAAUUGGAUAAAAGCUUUUAAAUUACUUUAUCUUGUAAAGCUCUGCAGAUUGCCCUCCCACGUGCACACCUUACAUGAGCAAGGGCCUUUCUUUUGCCUUUUUCCUGGAAGUCUUGAGCAUCUGGUUGACUCUGGUGGUGUCAUCAUGAGUCAGGCUGUUGAAAACUCUGUGCUCUGGUCCUGCUUAUCCUCCAGGACGGACCAAUUCCCUCCUAACGCCUGACAGAUGAGAAAAACCAAAUUACCUCACAUCUCUAGAGCAAUUAGAUCUUUGAAGACCUGAACAAAAUCCACACUGGGCUGGUAGGAGACUGUGGAUUUUAUUAAAUGCUCUGAAGCUGACCUGUCUAUUAUGAAGAAACAAAGGAUUCCAAAAAGUUCCCUCUGAAAUCAUGGCAUUGAAGGCAAUUUGUGCCCAUUAAUGUCAGCCUUUCCCCUCAGUUAUUACUCUUUUGUUCUGUUUUCCUUUGCACUGGGCACUUUGUGUGCAUGUAGUGUGUGUUCUUACAAAUGGCUGCAGUAUGAAGAUAAAUGAGAUUGGGUGCUGGAACACUCUGGCAGAAGAUCGGAAAUCAAUCCCUGACUUGCUUUUUAAAUGAACAUGGCCCACCAGAGGACCAUUCCCUCACUGCUUUCCCAGUUAAUGUGCUGUGGCAGGUUACUGGUGAAAUGCUUCCAACGCUUCCUCUGUGAUCUGUUCCUGCCCUUUUACAAAUGAAAACAAAACCUUUGGGCCCUGUGGGCUCCCUGAGGUGGCAGAAAAAGAAAUCACAGGACAUGGGGCCCGCACCAUCGGUGUUGGUUCUUCUCUGCUGAGGGAUAUUUUAUGUGAUUUUUAUUUUAUGUGUUGUUAACCUGGCCAUUAAGCUGCAUCUCUGGAAUGGGCAAGGCCAAAACUAUCAGCUGCAUCUGAAAAAGUAACUCCAGCUAUCAGCUUUUGCUGAAAUACUGGUGUGGUUUCAGAGCUGCUGCUUCUGAGAGCUGCAGGGUCUUCAAUUUCCAGAGUGUUUAGGCACCAAACAGAGUUCUGCUUUGCCUUGAAGCUUUUGACAGUCCAAGUGAGGUUUGUCAUGCUCGUUACUGCAGCACCUCAGACAGCCUGGCCUGCCAGCCAAAGUUAAUUCUACAGCAGAAGGAGAAGGAAAAAGACUUUUAGGAGCUGACUCUGUUUUCUUUAAACCUGUUACUUUCUCAUCACCAGCUCUACACUGAGUUGGAAAGAGCUUUGAAAAUGGGGGGUGUCAUUUGUAAGUCUCCCUGAGUCCCUUGUGCUGCUCCCCUGGGCAGUGCAGGCAGGUCAGUCGUGUCCUGUCCCACACUGUGGGGAGCCUGGGAAUCCUUGCUGUGCCACUCAGAGCCACCAGCUUCAUUUUUAACUGAGGCCAGCUUUAAUAAAACACUCUCAGAGAUAAAUCUGACAUUGCUCAGUGAGAAUGGAAACUUUUCUUUCUUACCUCUGUAUUUUAACUCCAUGGGCUGAUUCCACCUGAGUUUGAACCAGAAUUGUUCAAUCAGCUGUGGAAAGACUCAGAUUGAGGGAAGGAUCUCCUGGACAAUGUGAUACAGGCACAACUGAAUAAGGAAUAUCUGCAGCUCUGUGCAUUGUUUUAUUUUGAAGACCAUUUUUCCCUUUGUGGUGAUUCUCUUGGUUUUGCUCUUUGCUUGUUGGAAUAUUGUAAAACCUGUACCUGUCUUUUGAGCUGGCUCAGAAGGGCUCAGUGAAUGUGCUCAGUCUGCUCUGGUCAUUUGUGUUUAUUAUUUUCUUGUUCUCAUCUCCACCCCUCACAACUUUUAUGUGGUGUUUCACUACUGGAAACAAUAAAGCUUUUGCUCAGUAACAACUUCUGGA